GCUACAAUCGAGGAGGAAACGCGGUACGGCUCGGCACGCCUGAAGAAGUCGGUGGACGGCCGCUUGACCGUUAGCUAGCCCCUCCACGCGACCCUCUCGCCCUCGGAUACAACCGACGCACGCACACAUCCCGGAGAACCGCGGAGAGGCGGGAGCAUUAUGGCGACGUUGGGACCGGAGUCGGCUCGUGCUCCUCAUUCCCAGCUCGGUUCUUCCCCGUCGAUCCAGUCUCACAUCGGGGGCGCUAACCUGCCGCCCAACCGGGGUUUGGAGCGGGCGCUGGAGGAGGCGGCGGCCAGCGGCGUCCUUAACCUCAGCGCCCGCAAACUCAAGGAGUUUCCCCGGACAGCCGCCAACCACGACCUGACGGAUACAGUGGACGCAGACCUCUCAAAGAACAGACUGGCCGACAUCCCCUCAGAGGUCUGCCACCUGGUCGCCUUGGAGACCUUGACCCUGUAUCAUAACUGCAUCAGGACCAUCCCAGACAUCAUCAUCGGCCUGCAGUCACUCACCUCCUUAAAUCUCAGUCGUAACCAGCUGGGUUCUCUGCCGGCCUGUCUGUGUGGUUUACCUCUGAGAGUCCUCAACGCCAGCAACAACAAGCUGGUCAGCCUGCCGGAGACCAUCGGACAGCUGCAUUGCCUCAUGGAGCUGGACGUCAGCUGCAAUGAGAUCACGGCUCUUCCUCGCUACAUCGGCAGACUCAAAGCUUUACGGGAACUAAACGUUCGCAGGAACCUUCUUUGCGUCCUGCCAGAAGACUUGGCUGGCCUUCCUCUGGUGAAGUUUGACUUCUCCUGUAACAAGGUGUCGACCAUCCCGGUGUGUUAUAGGAAGAUGAAACAGCUCCAGUCCCUCCAGUUAGAAAACAACCCCCUUCAAAGUCCACCUGCACAGAUCUGUAUCAAAGGAAAAGUUCACAUAUUCAAGUACCUGAGCAUCGAGGCGUGUCGCAGUGAGAAGAUGCCCGACUCUCUCUACCUGCCCGUCAUAGAGCGACUCAGCCAAUCACGGCCCACCACCGGCAGUGUGGAGGACAUGGAGCAGCAGAAGAAGCAGGACAGCGACUCGGGAGUCGGCAGUGACAACGGAGACAAGAGACUGUCUGCUACCGAGCCGUCCGAUGAAGACAGUCUGAGUCUCAACAUACCGAUGAGCCACAUCACAGAGGAGGAGGGGAUGAGUAAAGACGACUCAAGUGAACACAUCAGCUCCCUGACAGACCCAAACUCCGACUCGGUCCGUCUGAUCGAGGAGAGUCCUACGGAAGCCCUGAAGGACCAGUUCAGCUACAGAGGCGCUGCUCUCAGCACUCGCUUCGUCAACUACAUCAAGGGUCGGACAGCAGCAGACUUUGACGAGCCCCUCAGGAUAGAGGAAGACUCGCUCUGGACAACACAACAAAUGUCAAAGGUCACAGGGGGCACAGAGCUCCACAUUGACAUGAUCAAUCAGCUGCAGGAGGCCGUGGAGCUGCUGCAGGACCCCAGCAGAGUGAACACGGAGCAGGACGAUCGGUCUGGAGUUCGGCUCUACCCGGUGGAGAUGGUCACAGUGGAAGAGUCGCUCAAUGGGCAGGACAGCGAUGACGGCAUCACCACACCGAAGCUGCACGGGGAGGAAGGUGUCUAUGAGUUCCAGAAGAAGAGACAGAUGAUUCUAGAGAAGGCCAGGUUUGAGGCCCAGCUUGCAUGCCAGGAGUAUGAAUGGCGUAUGUCAAUCAAGCGGAAUGACAGAUCUCAUGCCAGCGGACCUCCAUCGUUCUCCAGCCCGGCGUUUGGACUGAAGCCCCGUUCAGCUCCGCCCUCGCUGCCCUGCUCGCCCCCCCCUUCCUGUCUCGCCCCCUUCCUCCUCUCACAGGCCUCGCCCUGCCAUAGAGACACCCCUCGUAGCCAUGACGACGGAGGCAUGCACAGCCGCGUGUUCCUGCGGAGUCACAAGAGUCUGGAGUCCGUCGAUCCUCAGUUCACCAUGAGAAGAAAGAUGGAUCAGCUGCGAGAGGAGCUGGAGCUCACGGAGCAGCUGCGAGAUAGCAUCGAGAGCAGGCUGAAGGUCGUCCUCCCUGAAGACCUCGGGUCGUCUCUGAUGGACGGAGUCGUGCUCUGCCAUCUGGCCAAUCACAUUCGCCCGCGCUCUGUCGGCAGCAUCCACGUCCCCUCGCCUGCAGUGCCCAAACUCAGCAUGGCCAAGUGUCGGAGAAAUGUGGAGAACUUCCUGGACGCCUGCAGAAAGAUCGGUCUGUCAGAGGACAAACUGUGUCUCCCUCACCACAUCCUGGAGGAGAAAGGCCUGGGGAGGCUGUGCAUAAUGGUGCAGGCUCUGUUGGAGGAGCCGUUCUCCAGACACACCCUGCUGACGUGAGGUGGCCGGAGCUUCCCCUGACUGACACGUACAUCAAGCGCUCCCCUGGAUCAAAGCCUCACUUUGAGCUGCGGUCCUUCUCAGUGACAGAGUGGUUUUAUUAGAUUCAAGGAUACAAAAUGGUGUUCCAGGAACUAAAGAUUUAUUUACUAAUUCAUGAGAGGGAACUGCUGGGCGGAGUCAGUGUGAUGCCACGCGGAUAGACUGGUGGAGGAAUCCACCUGCACCAUCACCUGACUGGGUCCAGCUGAUCGCUCACCGUUUGUUUCCGAUUAGUGUCACGGGAGAUUUGUUGUAAUUAACACUGAUUUCCUCCAUUUCUUUAGAUUAACAGUCAACUGAAGGGCAUAAAUACAACUCUAGGAUUAGUUUUUUUUAAAGGGAGAAGACUAAUGUAUUUUCUCUCUUCCACUGGUUGUACCAACACAUAUUACAAAGUAUUAGGGCCACAUUGACCGGACACUUAUCGAAUUAAGUUACAAUAUUUUGCGUAAAAGAAUAUUACAAGAUGAUUCGAAAUUAAAAUAUUGAGAUUUUGUAAAAUAAUUGAAAACACAUUCUUAUUUAAAAGUAAAGACUCAAAAUAAUACUUUUUUUUCUUUCUUGAAAUUGCUUUUAAGACAUUUUUUAGAGAGGAAUUCAUUAUUAAUUUUAUUGGACAGUCAUACUAUUUUCAGAAUAAAGCUGAACUGCAAGAUGUGGCUUUAUUCUUGUCAAGUUAUGACUUCCCCAGUAGGAUUUUUGUUAUUUUGUAACUGACUUGAUUCUCGUAGUAUUUUCAGAACAAAAAUUGUGAUUUUAUAAUUUUCUGAGCAACCGUGGCCCUAAAACGUUUGUACAAAAACAGGUGCAGGGACAUUUUUUUUUUUUUAUGUGUUAUUUAAUUACAAAUUAGAUUUCCAGUUGGUGGAGCUGCCAAUCUGAAAGUUGCUCCAACUGUUCACGCAGGUUUCUCUGAUUUUACAAAACAUCAGUUAUCAGAUUAUGGAUCUCUUGGAGGGUUUGUGUGAGUAAAACCAAAAUGUUAUAGUUUUAACGAUAGCGAGGCAACUUUUAAUCACAAUUUGUAUUUAAACAUAAAGAUAUUUAUAAUAUAAAGAGAAGCUGAGAUAAGUUGUUUGAGUUGUUGUACACUUUCAAAAAAGAAAUAUGCCAAAAAUAUUUUCUCUAAUAUAUUUUAGGUAUAAUUUUGUCUGUUUUCUAAAAGUUUUUGCUGACUCUGUGGAGCUCUCUGCAUGUCCCUGAACCAGGUCUGAGUCUGGGGCACUAAUCUGUGUUUAUCAAGUAUCUCUGAUCUCACAAAUACAGGGUGAUAUUUGUAUUUAAUGUUCUCUGUUUUUACCGUGUUGUUAAUCUGUGUUCACUGAACGCAUCUCCAGAAGUUAUUCAGUGAAACUACUUUAUUUUGUGAGAUUCAGUUCAAGACGCACGAGGCGCUCGUGAAAAGAAAGUCACUAAACGCUCCUCAAGCGGAAACCCCCGAAUCAUCUAAAUCUAAAUAUCGAUCGGCUUCCAAACAGCGAGACACUUGAUAAAUAUCAGAGUUGUGUGUUAGAAUUUUAGGCAGCGAGGAUGAGAUCUCAUGCAGCCGCACCUCCGGCUCAGACCGUCUGCAUUGGUUCAAGGAGAUGGAGAAAAAACAACAACUGAUCAGCGAUUAGUUUUAAUGCAGAGGAUGAAUUUGUCUUUAUUGUUCUCACCGCCUGUGAGUUGGUCCAAACCUCUGAGGGUCAGGCCGGAGCUGCUGCUGCCGCUGCCGGAGAUCAGAGGUCCUGUGACUCCGAGUCGGUUCGGGUUCACGACACUUGAGGCUUCAGUCCACUUGUGUGUGUGUGUGUGUGUGUGGUAGUUGCUAGUUGUCGUGGCUCGUGUGUUCAUGCGGAUCACGAUCGACACCAAGAGUUGUUGGGGGGGCAGUACGUGGUUGUGGAACUACAGCUGAAGAUGUUUCAUCUGUAAAUCUCUGGCAGAUGUUUUGGUCUUUCUUUAAUCUGCGUUCGCCGAGUUGACCGCUAGCGGGCAGUAAAUGCCGCUUCAUCUUCAGACGACACUUUUAAUUUGAGUGACUCUGAAAGCUGGUUGAUUCACAAUAUGAAAAUUAGUUGAACUGAGACUCGCUUGAAAUAAACAUAGCAGGAUUAUCAGGAUUAUAAAGUUGAUCGUAGUCAUACUAGGUUUCUGAGAGCAGCCGGUCUGUUCAUCAGGCAAAACGCUCGCUGACCAAUGGAGCGAGAGAAUCCGGAACUCUAAAUGUAUUUCUUUCAUGGUUUAAAAAAUAUAUAGAUAUCUUUCUAUAACUUAAAACGACAAUGUUGCAUGUCUCCUACAUUAUUUGGUCUCUCUUUCUCCCAUUGAGAAAUAUUAAUAUGACAUACUUCCUCAUUCCGGAUGGCGUUGUAGGCGCUGGCAAAGGCCAAGAGCUGCCUCUGUUACCAUAGUGAUCACCGGCAGAUUAGUAUUUGUUGUUCUCCGCUGUCACGCAGCAGUGUGGGGACUUUAUCUUCAAUCAUUUAAUUAUGUCCCAAACCAUUUCAAGUGCAAAUAAAACAUUUGAUGUCUCAGCUCUAAUGAUAUAUCUUCUAUUAUUUUUAAAGAGUUGUCAUUGAAGGAAAGAAGAAGGACAGCAAUAUAAUACUGAUUCCAAACUUUGGGACCAGUGUCAUAAUGACACCUUGAGAUGUUCUGGAUUCACGUACUGCCCCUUUAAAUCCUGUCGGCAGGUCUGGGAUCAGAUCGUGUUUCUUCCUAAAUGCCAUAAUAAAACCACAACCAGUGUCUUGGCACCAGCAGGCCCGUGUGAAUGAGUGAAUACCAGUCUUGUGUUGUCCGUACAUGUGAUUGCAGCUUUCUACCCAAAGCUUGAGCGACAUGAAGAUUCAGCAGUAAAAAAUAAUUAUAAAAAUAAAUGUUUCCACUGGAUCGAUUCGACGGUUGCCAAAACAAACAUUUACUCUCGUGAUAAAACUAAAUGUUUUUUUAUUUAAAUGUACUAUAGCCUGUGUACAUAUUCUUUUAUCACAAGGAUUUCCUGAUGUUGAUUUAAUGUAAAAAAGAAAAGAAGAAAAAAAAGAUCAGUUAUGUAUUUGUCCAUUUCCUUAUGUAAUGUAUAUUUCACCAGAAAAGAGCAAACUUUAACAUUAACAUCUGAUUAAACCAGAAUAUCACAUGUAUGAUUACAAAAUGAAUAAAUGUUCACGUAUUUCUACACUAUGAUCAUCAUCUAAUGAUACAAAUGUUUUAUGUACAUUAUAUCAGCUUUUAUUUAUUUUUGCCACGUGACUAAAACGUGUAGUAUAGAAGUAGAGCAACAAACUGUCUUCCUAAUAUUUCUUAAAUAUACGCAACGUUAAAUAAUUUUGAUUUAAUGAAAAACUCCUGCUGGAAACAGUCUAACAUAAGUCAGGAGUAUAAUGUCAAAGAACAUGGAUGAUUUUAGUAAUCAUGAUUUGCAUGUGCUUGUUCGUAAUGACACAUUUCUUCAUAAUAAUUAAAUUUCAUAUGCACAGUUUUGUACUCAUUACAUCACAUUCGUUUUGGGGGGGGAAAGCAUUAAAACUGCUUCCCCGACAGAAUCUGCACUUUAAACUUCUAUAUUUAUAUCUUUGUUUUGGCAACUGGGAGAAUCUUGAAUCACCUUAAAUCUGAAAUGAGAGAACAGAGAAUUAAAAAAGUGACGCUGGUGUAAAUUGUGUAAAUGGUGAAUUGAACCUGCUGAAGCAGUGUUGUUUUUAAUGUCUCUUAUUUUGUAUAUAAAUAUUCUCACAUUUUUGUACUUUUCUGACUGGGAGGACAUUUUAUUUUUUAUGUGGCUGAUGUAACAUACCCUUUUGUAACUCUUUGUGAACCUUUUGUGUAAUUUGUUGUACAGCAACUCAAAUGUAAAUGCAUGAACUGUCCCUUUAAUGUCGCCUUAACUGCUGUGAAUACUGUAAAUAAUGCACUGUAUUUCUCAUCACUAUCAGUAAAGACCUCAACUGUC